CUUUCACUUUCCGGAUUGCGUUUCGAAACUGCCAUUCACAGUUUUCAUAGCGCCUCUGCCUGAAACCGUGCUUUACGUUGUUUAAUUCAGGGUUUUAAAAUGCUUGUAAUCUUAGUUUAACGUUGCUGGACGUGUUACUUUCGGUCACAGACGGAAGCAACCCAUUAUCUCGUUCAUAACCCACUCAGACCAACGCCAUGAUCGCUUCGUCUCCAAUCAGAAAUCUUUCGGGCCUCUGGUGGCUCCUUGUUGUUCUGGCGGCGGCCUCUGUGUCCUCAGAUGAAACAAUCUAUGCAAAGGAGGGAGGCGAGGUAACGCUCAAACCAAAACAGGGGUCUGUGACUGAUGCAACCAAAAGCAUCACCUGGAAAGCUGGGAAAGAUCUGGUUGUCGAUUUGGAACCAGACGGUAUCGUAUACUACGGUAGAUUUCAAGGUCGGAGCAACUUGAACAACCGGACUGGAGAAUUGACUCUCAGAAGCCUGACUUAUGAUCUCACAGACGUGUUCACGAUAGAGAUAGACAACAAUGCAAUUGACCACAAGAUUAACCUCAGUGUACUUGCUGCAGUUCCUGUACCUACCAUUGCUCCAUCCUGCCCUGAAGGUGCACACACAUGUACCCUGACCUGUGAGGGAAACACGGCCAGAGCAGAACCAGUAGAAUACAGAUGGAUGACUGACGACACUGAAGUGCCGGGUUCCACAGACAAAACAUUCACUGUAAAGGACGACAGUUCAGGUGUCGGAGAGUUCAGCUGUAAAAUGAAGAAUAGAGUCAGUGAGAACAGAAGCAAACCCUUCGCCAACCCAUUCAAGGCUGCUCAAAGCGGUCCAAGGAUUUUCACAGGAGUCACAGUGUUGGUCAUAUUGCUGUUUCUUGUGAUACUGGUGGCCAUUGGCCACAGAAUGAAAACAGGAGAAUGGUUCUUCAAUAAAUCCUCCAUGCCUUGGGAAGGAGAUUUCUGGAGGAAUACCAGGGCGCAGCAACCUCAAGCAGCUGCUUCAGAAUCCAAUGGCAACACAACUCCACUAAAGGGCCAAUUAGAUGAGGAAACUGCACUGACGGAAAAGUAAAACGUCUUGAGACUUUCACCAUCGGCAAAAUCUUCUCGGAAACGAACAUUUUGAAGAAUGGAUUUUUCUAGAAGUGUUUUUUUUUUUCCUCCUCAGACUGUUUUUGACAUUUUCCGCUGGCAUUGAAAGCAACAACUGACUGGCGAGUACACACCAAGUUAUUCUGCUCCGCUGUUACACUGGAUGUUUUUUAAUAGGAAACUUUUUUUUUUCUGUUAUUGUUAUUGCAGCAUCUGAAACAUGAACUUCAGUGAUAUUUUCAAGGGAAAGUAAUCUGACUAGAGUGAGUUUAGAUAAGACAAAAGGAAAAGAGGUGGGCUGCUGACCCUUUGGAGGUUUGGUUCAGGAGUUUCCAAAGUGUCAAAUAACUCCUAAGACAAUUCCUGGAAAACAGGUACAGUGAGCUUUCCUGUCAAAGAAAGCUCACUAUAUAUAAAGUCAUUAAUUUAAAAGACUUUAUAUAAACAACACCCACUGGUACUUUGACCUAAUCAGACCUGCGUGUGCUCCUGGUUUGAUGUGAGACGGGAUUCGUGCACUUUUAUGUGUCAGAGCAACCGAGCCAAGAGAAGAGAAACAAAGGAAGGGCAUUGUGUGAGCUGAGCUGCCUGUUCAACCUACAGUCAAAGCUUUGUGCAGAACUGCUGACGGUUCGGCAUCAACCAACAUGUUUGGUUUGGGACUUAGCUUUUGAUGAUGAAAUUUGCUCCUCCUUAGAGAUUUAUGAUUUUAUUUAAUAAGGAAAAAAGCAAUCAAAGCCAACCUGGCUUUAUGUGAUGAGAGCAAUCCAAGCAUCAACAUCCUAUUUUUUUAAGGUCAAGUCAAAGUAUUGUGUUCCGUAAUCUUUGUGUGUUUUCCUAAAAGUCUAAGGAAUGAUUAGGAUGUUUUUGCCAAAUGUGAAACAGGCCUCUAGAGUCUUUUUAACGAAUCGUGAACUCUGACGUAGAGUUUCAAAUAUUUGCGGACCAAAAAGACGUCUGAAGCUGCGUCUCCAUUACGAAUGUGCGCAAAACUUUGUCGAUAUUCCACUAAGGUGGUGUUUUCUUUACAUAAGAAACCCAAUUAAAAUCACACGUGAAUAA